AAAAGAUCUUAAGACUACAUAAACCUAUAUAAAUAAAAAAUACUUAGAAAAAACCUGAGUAUUUUUCGUAUCGUAGUUUAUAUUAAUUGAAAAUGUUACACUAUUUAUUUGUAUUAUAUAUUUCGUUCAAAUUUAGCAGUGGUCUUGAUGUGUUUGGAUCCACUUGUGUUACGCCGCCUCUGUUAUGUCCAAAUGAAAACAUAACUUUUUGGUUAUAUACACGGAAAACCGCAAAUACUCCCACGGAAAUCAAAACAAAAGAUAUAGAAUCGAUACGCUCUGCUCCGUGGGUGAAGGACGCUCCAAUCAAAAUUCUAAUCCAUGGUUACACGGGACAUAGAGACUUCUCUCCAAACACGGAGAUACGACCAGCAUACCUCGAUUGCUGUGACUACAACAUCAUAUCUAUAGACUACAACCCCCUAGCCUUAGAGCCAUGCUAUAUGCAAGCUGCCACCAAUACAGAGCUGGUAGGUAUGUGCACAGCCCUCCUGAUUGAUGAGCUGGUGAAUGAAGGCUUCAGACUAGAAGACAUUCAUGUUAUAGGGUUUAGUCUUGGUGGGCAGGCAGCCGGGUUUAUAGCUAAUUUUAUACAGUCAGGUCGAAUUGAGAAAAUAACAGCACUCGACCCAGCCUUACCACUGUUUGUGACACUGGACAAAGACAAGAAAAUAGAUGCGGGCGAUGCUAAAUUCGUGGAUGUACUUCAUACGAACUCGUUACAAAAAGGAAAAUUGGAACGCUGUGGUCAUUUAGAUACCUUUGCUAAUAAUGGCAUUGAACAACCGGGUUGUUCGUCCACUGAAAAUUAUACGAAAUCCGGUUGUAGUCACUCCCGAGCUCCAUUGUAUUACGCGGAGUCUAUAACAACGAAGACAGGCUUCUACGCGUCAAAAUGCCAUUCAUGGUUUUCAUAUAUCCUGGGUUUGUGCCACAUUGGCACAGGAGAACAGAUACUUGUUGGUGAAUAUGUUUCCAAAAAUGCAUCUGGUGUAUAUUUCUUUACUACGAACUCAGAAUCGCCGUAUGCACGUGGACCAUCCAAUUCUACAAACUAUUCCGAUGUUUACGACGACUCUUAUGAGAACAACACAUUACUUUCAUUGUUGUCUAACACUUUAUUUGGAUGACACACGAUAUAAUACCUCAAAUAAUUAGUUACUUUAUGUACAGGAAUAGAAAUUUAGCUAGAAUUAUUUUAAAAUUGCUAAACAUUUUACAGAAAUUUCAUUUCAAAAAUCGUCGCUUUAUAGAUAAUUUUUUUACUAGUCGAACGUUUCCAAGAUUGUAAUAAGUAUAAACUACGCGGUUUUUUUUUUUAUAGAACAGGGGGCAAAGGUUUAAAAGUGUUAUUACAAAAUGGCCGCUAUGAAAAGUAAAAAUUUAAUUAUUUUAUUUUUUCUUGAUGGUAACCAAAGAUAACGAACCAAAGCUCGAUGUAACUUUUAUUAUUAAACAUUACAUUUUU